AUCCUGGGAUAGGUUUAUCCGGUACCUGACACUUCUGUCGAACCCUGACCAAACUUUGUACUACUUCCGUACAUACAAUCUCCUCUCUUACUAACUCCUCGAAGAGACUGAAAAAUAUGGCCAAAAUAAAAGCUGGACCUGUUGUUGAGAUGCAAGGAGAUGAGAUGACCCGGAUAAUCUGGGAGUUGAUCAAGGAGAAGCUUAUAUUCCCUUAUGUAGAUAUGGAACUCAAAUCCUAUGAUCUCAGCAUUGAGAACAGGGAUGCAACCAAUGAUCAAGUUACCAUUGAUGCAGCUGCAGCUAUAAAGCAAUGUCAUGUUGGAAUCAAGUGUGCAACAAUAACACCAGACGAAAAGAGAGUUGAAGAAUUUAAGCUAAAGAAAAUGUGGAAAUCUCCCAAUGGCACAAUUAGAAAUAUUCUUGGUGGAACAGUGUUCCGAGAGGCAAUCAUUUGCAAAAACAUUCCAAGAUUAGUUUCACCUUGGACAAAGCCUAUCAUCAUUGGUCGUCAUGCACAUGCUGAUCAGUAUAAAGCAACAGACUUUGUGGUACCUGGUCCAGGAAAAGUAGAAAUAGUGUACAGCCCUGCUGAUGGAGGUGAACCUAUCAAGUACACUGUUAAUGAGUUCAAGGACGGCGGGGGUGUCACCAUGGGCAUGUUUAAUACUGAUGUGUCAAUUAGAGCCUUUGCCCAUAGCUCCUUCCAGUAUGCCCUAGAUAAGAAGUACCCACUCUAUAUGAGCACCAAGAACACUAUCCUGAAGAAGUAUGAUGGUAGAUUUAAAGACAUUUUUCAAGAAAUUUAUGAGCAGGAAUACAAGUCUAAAUUUGAGGAAAGUAAUAUCUGGUAUGAGCACCGCCUGAUUGAUGACAUGGUAGCGUUCGCCCUUAAGACUGAAGGGGGCUUUAUCUGGGCCUGUAAAAACUAUGAUGGUGAUGUCCAAUCAGACUCUGUAGCACAAGGUUUUGGAUCCCUUGGUAUGAUGACUAGUGUUCUAGUCUGCCCUGAUGGUAAGACUGUUGAGUCAGAGGCUGCUCAUGGUACUGUGACCCGUCAUUAUCGGAUGCACCAGCAAGGCAAAGAAACCUCAACAAACCCUGUUGCAUCAAUCUUUGCUUGGACCCGGGGGCUAAUGCACAGAGCUAAGCUAGACGAUAAUGCCGCAUUGCUUGAUUACUGUAAGAACCUGGAGGCCGUGUGCAUCGAGACGAUCGAGUCUGGCGCCAUGACCAAAGAUCUGGCGGGCUGUAUCAAGGGCAUCAGUAACGUCACGCGCCCGGACUACCUCAACACAUUCGAGUUUCUAGACAAGAUCGCCGAAAAUCUCGCCAAGAAAUGCGAAGGAAUAUGACUAGGAAAGGAGCGGAAAAGCAAGAUGUGAAUCGAAGGGGUUAUAGUGCAAGCCUGAAAAAUGUGUUUCUAAAAUUCAAAAUUGUAGGAAGGUGUUGUUGUUGUUGUUGUAUUUUUUAAGGUCUCGAUCUUUUUUAGGAUAUUUUAUUCUUCGUUUGCGGGUGUGGUUAUUACUGGUCUUAGACAGCGCACUGUCUUUUGAGAUUAUUAUCUUUUAAAUGGAUUUUUUUAUUAUAUUUCCGCCUUUGAUUUCUAUUUGGUAUUAUUCUAUUAUUAGAUACGAAAAAGAAUGGGAAUUUGAAGCUGAGAAUGUGAGGAUAUACCGUGUUGACAAAAUAUAUAGUGAAAGGUAUAAUAUCAGUGUGGAAUGGAGUUUAGUUACUUGACGCGCUCGCGCAUAAAACUCUAAAAAGACAGCAUUUCUGUUGGCACUCGGAACAGGCUGAUAAAUUUGGGAUGAUUACCACAGCUAUCACUUGACCGAGCGCUUGCUAGGGAAACCCAUUUAGUGACCCGGCAACAACCCCUCCCACAGGGGCACCCGUCACAUGAGCAGUGGGAAUCUGAUAGAUUUGUUGGCCUAACUAGAACGUGGAUUAAAGAUAUAUAAAUCUAAUGUAAAUAAAAUUUUACGCCCGAUGUA